UUUAAAUAGUGUUCACACAGGUUAUUCGUGUGUGCUUUCGGAUGGAGGUUAUGUACCGCUAUAAACAAUAUAUUUCAACGACAAGUAGCAACAUUGAUUGAUAUGUGAUGCAGGGAUGCUGUAGUUAUUAAUAUUUAAGAUAUUUCAGUUGUCGCGUGGGAGCUUGUAAUAUAUUUCUUAUGAAUCGCACAGUGCGAUACGUUAAAAAUGAAUGAACACGCCGUGGAAAGUCUGCCGUAUUGCAAAGAAUUAUGGCUUUUAAUAUCCGAUACAGUGUGUCGUUGCGAGAAACAACUGGUUGACGAUGAAAUUAAAAAGGAAACGAAACUGCUUAAAGAGGGACUUCUAUUCUUUAAGCCAUUUACGGAAGCCUCCCUCUCAAACAUCCCAAAAAAUGAUCCUUCUCCUAGAAUGUACGAACUAAUCAGCAAACUUGCUCCUCUUUUAAACUUGGAUGCUACACUUACCUGGGAUUUAGUUUGUAAUUUUAUUAAGUACGAAUAUCGCAAUUGCACUGAAACUUUUGCAUCUCAACUGAUAGACUUCACCUCGAUGAAGGCAUUGAUCGAUGAUAUUUGGAAUUUUUAUUAUUCUGAAAGAAUGACUUUAAUAAAGUGCCUUAAACUUAUGGUUGAAUAUAAAGAGAAGGAGCAUCGCUACCAAAAGGAGUUUGCGAAAUUUUUUGAUAAUAUUUUAUUCGGUACCCUCUUGGAAUCGAUCAGAAAACAAAUAGAAAUGCUAAAGACUGUAAACCCACCUAUUCGAUCGCAGCUGUGUACAGAGGAGUAUUUACAUAGGCUCUAUAAUAGUAGUUUAGUUGAAAUGCGAGAAUUACUUCACAUAUUAACGGUUAUUAUCCACGACAUACAUAUCGCCGACACUGAGUUUUUGAAGCUGUACGAAAGUAUAGUGGGAGAACCUAGGCGCUUAGCAAGUACAAAGAGUCACGAAGACAAAAAGGCAAUUGCCAGAAAAAUUAAGGAAAUUCAUCAUAGUCAAGCAGCAUUGAUCUUAGUAGCGUUAGAUGUGAGAAAACAUACCGACAUGGAAGACUGGGUUAGGAGCGUGAGAAAUAGUAUGCAAGAAAUUUUCGAACAAAAAUGUGUACGCGAUAAUUGCCCGCAAGACAGUCCACUAUUUUUGUCGUGGAUGUUGGCGAACUAUGCAAUCGAUCCCGAUAAUAUAGACACGUUAACACGAUUCCGACGGUUUGGUAUCAAAGCGAUACAACUCGACGUUUUCCAUUAUUUGCAAGAACUGAUGAACUGCGAGAUGAUUUGCGAGAAAACUCAUUAUGCCGAAGUCGUGCAUAGUAGCGUCUACAAUCUCUUGAGCUUGAUAUGCGUUUUUGUCGAUGAGGAUAAAGUUAGCGCGUUGAAUGGUAUUUUCGAUGCAGUGGCCGCUGCGGUACAGUUCCCGGAAACUGCAGCUCGAUUUUGGCGAGAACGCGAGGACGGUUUGUGGCCAAUUUACAAGUUCGCCGCGGAACAAUUCCCAUACGAGUUCGAGCCCUUAACCAAUAUCGCGAUUGGACUGGCGAGUGCCUCUGAAUCAAGUGCCGAACGAAUUGCAGUAGAAUUGGAAAAUUUGCAAUCAUUAACGCUAGAACUGCCGCGUCAACGGGAACACGGCAGGCCAUUGAAACCUUACCAACAAGAGUGCGUAGUUCACAAAAACUCGUAUACGAUAUCCGAAGAUACUCCUCGAGAAAAUGUACGCAUACUGUCGAGUGACCGCGAGGUAGUGAUAUUCCGGCAAAAAGCGAGCUACUGGGACGCUUUGCAUCAUAAGAUGGAACAGCUUUUCUCUCAAGCGGGCGGCAGAAUGACAAAUACCAAUGAAAUGACCACUAAUUUACCGGAGAACGUUUCACAGGGUUUAAAGCUGCUGCGAAAGCUGGCCAAGUACAUAGGGAUACGACAAAGCAUGGUUAUUCCAACGGAAUUAAGCUUCGAAAUCAUCAAUCGAUUCUCCUAUCCAGUAUUACCCGAGGACAAGAUGUACAUAUACAAAAUAGUUGCAGCCUGUAUCGGUAUCUCUUCCGAGCUAAUCCUCGAGUAUCCCGAAGAAGUACUCGCGAGAAUGCGUGCGGGUGUUUACCCCAGGUUCAAUAACCGUUACCAAAAGGCGCUGGACUUCGCGGAAGCGGUUUCUUUCGACGGUGGUAUAAUCGCAUCCUGGUUAUCGGCCAUAGAAACGAUCGCGCAUUCUUAUCCAAUUUUGAACGCGUACCUGGACAUCUUGUCCAAAUACUUGAUUCGAAAAUACAACGAGGAAGCUUUGUACACGGUCGAAAUACCUGGUAUGGUGUUUCUACUGCAAGGCGUGUUGCCAAAGUUGGAUUCCUGGUACUUCGACUCGGACGCUGAGAGGACCGACCUAUGGUUGAAAAGUAUGUUCUGUCUUCACAGAGCGCUGGAAUCCAGCCUGUCGAAAGACGACAUACGCAACGAGUUACAACUCGUCGUUGCGUACAGUUUACUUUAUUUAGAGCCGAGGCACGCGUUACUCAAAUUAAUCCGUACAGGCGAACGUACCCUGCACAACAAGAUGAUGGCGGAAACGGAUUGGAUUCGCGGGAAGGGACUCAAGGCGAUCAAGAGCGUACAGUUGGCUUUGUCGGUGGUAAACAGGCUGUUGAUAUUCAGAAAGUCGCUGGGUCUUCAGACGGGAGACAGAUCACCGUUGGAAGUUGCCCUGUAUUCCUCGCCGCGUGUGCCUAACGGUCUUUUAAUAGUACCGACUAUCGUGAAUUAUCUGUACGUUUGGUUCAGCCCUCCCUUGCAGGCGAUGGCAGUCAGACUGCUGAAAAAGUUCGCCGAAGGAUCGUCGAUGUCUCUGCUUGUUUGCAUGGGCAUGGACGGCACGGCUAUACGAGAAACGUUCGCGUCUCGCAGAGGACUGAUGUCGCCGACUUGCGUCGCGGACAUCAAAGUGGCCAUCCUCGAACUGGUCGCGGUCUGCUUGGAAAAACAACCCGGACUAACGGAAGCCCUCUUCAACAUCGUCCAUCCAGCGGAGUGCAACCGAAUCUUCCCCCGGUCGGUCGAGGAGUUCUUCACGGAAGGUUGCAGACAGUUCUUGGACAAAUACCUGAGUCGAAUUUACGAGAAGGAAGACAUCGUUUGCGACAAACUGUACAACAGCACGAUGGCACUGCUGCGAGCGAUGUGGUACCACAGGAACGAGAUUCUCGUCAAUUUCUUUCGGAAACGAGAGAAAUUUUGGACUCAUCUGCUCGCCCCGCUUUUCAGAGACUUAGUGCCUGCUACGAAAGGCUACUCUCACCUGUUGGACAUAAUCACCUUGGAGCUGUUCAAGAACUCUCUGCUCGAGGACGACUUCUCGACGAAUUUGAGGAAACUCCUGGACAAAUCGAACGAUCAUUGGAAGAAGCUGGCGAUAUACAUACUGGAGGAUGCGUCGUCGGACAGCGAGGCGUCUAAUUACGAGAAGCACGACAACAGUAUCACCGGUUAUUCGCUGUACGAGACUAAUUUAGAGUCUUGGUACAACUUCAUCGUGACGUUGACAGAUGAAAGGAUCGCGAGCAACUAUCCUGUGAACGUGAUCCAAACGCAGUUGAUAACCCAGCGUUCCCUGGAGUCGCUCCUGGAACGAGUGAAACAAUCCCAGGACCCCGCCAAUCGGAAGGUCACGAUGCUGUUAGCUUCUCUGUCGCUUCGAUGCAUCACCUCGUGGAAACAGAUGUGCGUCGACGACUCGAAAAUCUUUAAGUCGGGAUUGACGCAGUUGAUGCAAGAGAUCGGGCAGGCGUACCGCUGUUACGGGAAAUCGUUGCGUCAGACGCUGAUGUCUCUGCUCCUCGGGUGCGUGCAGUGCGUGAAGAGCACGUUGCGCGAGGACGCGACCAGUCUGGAGUAUCUUCUAGCGCAUUCCUGCACGAUCGCCGCGAGCGAGCUGGAGGAGUUAAAGGAAGCUGCGAUCCAAUUCGAGAAACGGAAGCAGCAACAGCCGAUCGUACGGGUCGUGGACGAGAAAGGAACAAUCGACAGCGUGACCGCUCAGAAGAACGCCGACGAGAGAAAUGCGGAGACUCUACGGGGGAUUCGGGAGAGUUUGCCGGCUACGUUGGCCGUGUGCAUGGUCACGCAGCUGUUGCGCUCGUACGUGGAGCGGAGUUCGCUGUCGAAGCGGCAAAGGAAGUCCGGUUGCGUGCAGCUUCGGCAAAUGAUACCCGAGCUGACGGCGUGCAUCGGCAUCACUAUGCAGAAGUAUCCGUAUCUGAGAUUCAGCGGCGCCGCGCUGAACCUGCUCAACCUGAUCGUUCGUUCGCCGUACGCUUUGCACCCGAUCAGCGACAACGACAUCGCAAAGUUAUGGUUGAGCUUGAUACCACCGGCGGAGAUCGGCAACAGCAUGCUGGAUUCGCUGUACGAGGACCGGCCGAACGGAGACUGGCGAUGCCAGGACUGGUGGCCUCUUUACACCCUCGGCCUCGAGUUCGUGACCGGACUCGUCACCAGAGAAACGCCCACCCUCUACAUCAAAUCGAUCCUAAUGUUCCUGAACUCGCACGAGUACCAGCUGAUGGUCGCCUCGACGCUGUUGAGGCAUACCGCGGAUCUUCUCGCCGCCGACCUGGUGCAAUCUCUCGUGGCCAUGAUUCACACCAUGGCGACGCAGACGUACAUUUGGAACUCGGUCCAACCGAACGUCUGCGAGACCUUGAUCAAAUGCAUGUACCUAGCAUACGACAACACGGUGAACCUGUUGCUACGGCCGCGAAUCCUCAAGUUCAUCAUCGACGGUAUAAGCAUGGAGAGCGCCGAGGAAUUGGAGUCGUGCGACAAGAGAUCGCCGAGCGGCGAACUGAAGCUUCUUGUGAACAAGCUGAUCGUGAUAAACACCACCUGCGCGCUCAGCUUCGUACAUUUCUCGCCGAGGCUGAACACCCUCGUGGACACCAUAUACACGCAAGACUUUUGGUACACUCCGAUGGCAGAAAUGAACUUUGGCCCACCGCAGAUGAGUAUGUGCUCGGGCCCGCGACUGACCUACGGAACGAUCAUCAGCUCGACUCAGCUGUUCACCCAGGCGCUUCACUCGCGGUCUCAAACCGUCAGCAGCUCGUCCGUCACUUUCGCCGGGCAAUUGGACAAGAUGGAUUCCGCGAAGCGAGAAUGGGAACACGCGACGCCGGAGGACCGUCGGAUGCACUCCAGCAAAGAUCUGAGAAGGAUCAUCCACGCAGCUUCUUCCGGUUCGGCCUCGAGAUCCUCCUCUGCGGCCGGUGGAGACUUCCUGGUGUACGUGAGCGGUCUCGACGUGACCGUACCCUUGCUGAGCAGUCCGAGGCUCGUCAGAAGACCCUACGAUCCUCUGAUUUGCGAGAACACCAUUCUUUCUAGAGCCACCGCUCUGACGAGUGGCAGGCACGUAGCGAAAGGUGGUGGCGGCGGUGGCGGCGGCAGUGGUAGUGGCGGUAGUGCCGGCGGAGGUGGUAGCAGCGGCAGCGACACCAAAAGAUUCGCAGCGGCGAAAUACCAUAAAUUCAGCGAUCCUUGGUUCGAAUCCAUGGACGAGAACAACACGAGAUUGGCGCUGGAAGUUAAUCUUGUGUUGAUACUGUGCCAAGCUUUGGAAGGUGUUCGAAGUCCACGGAUCGCCCUUCGAGACCGUCAGCUGAUUGCGCGUGAAACGGUCACGGAAUUGGGAGUGUUCUUCGAUUUCCUUGAACACCGAGGCACACCCGACAACUGGCCCGUCGAAGGAUCAUUGAUUCACGCCGAUGCCAAGGGCGCAAGGGCGAUCAACCUGGCGAUCGAUCCGUUCCAAACAAUCCUACCCGCGAGAUUAAAGGAAACUGAGGGGCGGAGGAUCGAAGAAAAUAUUUUCACUACCGGAACGUUUACUACCAAUAUCAGUAGCGUACAGUUUUUACCCUUGAUGGGGAAACUGUUGAAAGCCGUCGUGGAGUCGUUAGAUUUAACACAGUAUCGAUGAUAACGAUAGACGUAAAUUUGUGAGAACGUUAGGAGAGCAUACGAGAAGUCACAUUGCUUAAAUGGUAAAGAAAACGCAACAAAGAACAGGAAAAUAUCCAUUGGCAGUGUAUGUAAGUACGUACAAAAGAAAUAACAAUUUAAUUAUUCCGUGUAUGUUGAUGUUCACAAUAAAGUAACAAUUUUUAUUAUAGUCUUCCGUCUUCGAUAUCGUAUAAAUGAUAAAGAAACUAGAGUAAAAAAAAAUGAUUAAUCGGGGAUACCGCGAACGCACAUUGACACGUUCCGCCUUUGAAACGUGUCCGAGGACAUACGACGGGCAACUUUGGUCCAUCUUCAAUGUUGCAUUCAGUGUAUCCUCGAUAAAAAUAAAAGACAAGCAAGUAUCUAGCGAAUUUCAUUUAAUGUAACCACGUUCAACGAUUACCACUGUGUUCUUGCGUCGUCAAAUUUCUGUAAUCGUGUAACGAAACUGGACCUUUUUGUACACUUAGUAUCAGCGAUCAAACACGUGCUAGGACAACAUUACGAUUAUCGUUUAUAAGUUUGCGCCCGGCGCUACAUUUCUGUGAUCGUAAUUCAUUGUGCACCACUUUGAUAACACUUAAAUAUUUAUAGAUCUGAAAACGCGAAUCGAUUCGAAUAAUAUAAACUAAUUUUUUUAAGUUGGUUAAACUUUAUCUACGGAUAACGAGAUAGGAGUAGUUGUCGUUGGGAACUAGAAAGCAGAAAAUGGAAAAAACUAUGGUAAUCCGCCAUUGUGGCCACGUGCCAUUUUAACUGCUCCUUUUCCGUUUCGAUUCGUUAAUUAACGUAUCUUUAAUACCUUUAGUCCUCGAGUCGCGAAAUAACAUAUCUCUUUCGUCAUCGCGAUCGAUAGUCAUACUACGAUACAGUAUAAAAAUAUAAUUCGUGAUAUUAACGAAUAUUAUAUAUUACGGUAAUAGCAGUGUCGCGAGCGGCGAGUUGAACGCGUCGCGUAAACAUGAUGUUUGACGCCAUCCAGGCUCAGAACCCGAAGGUCGUGUUCGACGCUAAGGGGGUAAAUGAGGUAAAAUGUUCUCCGGUGAAGGUGUGUCGUGGGAUUCGUUACUUCUCGACGUCACUCGUGCAUGAUAAAAAUUAUUCGAAGUGACGGAAGUGACGACGGAACUGGUCGUAACUGUACUCGUCACUGCUGUUGCCGUAACCAUCGGAACGGUACUGGCUGUUGUUGUAUUAAUGGUGAUCGUCGUCACGAUGGAAGAGGUGCAGUGACUUCGAGAGGAUAACGUCGACCAGGUGUGCGGGUUGGAACAACUGGUGUCCGAUGAUGGACACUCCGAUAGACGAGUCGACACGGUGCAACACAUAGGCGUUGAUAUCGUAGGUAUAAUUGAACUCGAGGUUGAAAC